AUGGCUACUGAAAAGAGCCAAGAUUUCAAUAUAACUAGUGUUGGAUAUUAUAAGCGAGACAAUGAAACGAAUGUUACUGUUGAUGUUCAACCCAAAUUCGCCAAUUCAAAUUACGAUCGUCUUAUGGAGUUUCAAGAGCCCGGAGACUAUAUACAAGAAAUUGACAUGAAUCUAGGGAGCCCAGAAGUUCCACACGAUGGAAAAUUGAGAAUUUUUUUGAAUCUCUACUCAAUUAUAUUUCGAUCAAAGGCGAGAUUUGUAAAUCCAACUGUUUACAUUGUCAGUCAUAUGGGAAUGAUUUUCAUGUCAUACAAGAAAUUGGAGAAGGCGGAUCCGGAAAUCGAUGAAGAAGAUCAAAAGAAAAAGGAUAUAGCCAGAAAGAAGGCAAUGGAAUAUACGGCCGGUGCAAACUUUGCUCAUUAUUGGACAAAGAAAUCGGAAAACGAAGAGAUUCCGGAGGACUAUGCAACGUCGAAUUGUAAAGCAGUCAUGAAGUGCGACGUCGAAGUUGGUGGCAAAAAAGAACUCGUUGUUUAUUCGGCUCAUAUCGAUGCUCUUGAAAAAGAAUCGGGAAAACAUGUCUCAACAAGAACAACCAGAAGAACUAACUUCUGGACAUAUCUACACUGGAAAAUGUUUUUCGGAAAUGACUCAACGAUGGUACUUGGUGCCGGAUCAGUGUCUCUUGAAUUAUCGAAUUGGGCUUUACGUUCAAUCGAAGCUUUGAAAUUCGAAGACGUUUUCGCGAAAAUGGAGAAAAUCAGGCGAGAGAAAAAUGAGGAGAGAGCCCAAUGCGAAGAAUUCAAAAAAGCCCCAUUCCAAAAAUGGACGAUGGAUCAAGGGAAGGAACGGUUUCGGCAAUUUUUAAGCCAAGUGAAGAAUGCCUGCACUCAUUCGGACGGUUGUUUCCUGGCCACAGAAGCAAACAAAAUGUGGCAUUUUGAAAAAGUCGACGAAGAACAUGAUGAGAUUCGGGAGUUUGCGAGUUUGGUCAAGACAAAAAUGGCUGUUUGGAAAAUCAAUUUCCCCAAUGAAUGCUCAUAA